AAGAGAGAGAGAGAGAGAGAGAGAGAGACGGACUCAGAAUUCAAAAACUCGCAAGGAGAAGAAGAAGAAGAAGAAGAAGAAGAAGAACAGAACCCACCAUUCCUACUCUCUCUCUCUCUCUCUCUCUCUCUCUUUCUCUUCCAUUGGAACCCACAAUUUCCAUCUCCAUGCGUGAUUGAACAGAGUGAAGCAAAAGCAAAAGCAAAAGCAAAACAACAACAAUGAAGCUGCUGCUGCUUCUUCUUCUUCUUCUUGUUCAAAUUUUGCUUUUGCUUCUUGUACAACCAAAUCCCAUUUGUGUUGGCGCCACACCGACUGACCCAUUUCUUUCCUCCAUAUCUGCUCCUCUCUCCUCGCCCAUUUCUCCAAUUGCUUCAUCAAUGGCUACCUUCACUCCGGGUAUUGCAGAAGGAAGUGAAGGGCAUCAAAUGGGUUCACAUAAGAAAAUGCUAAUUCCACUCAUUAUUACUUGCACUGCACUUGGUGUAGUUUUUUUGUCACUGUUGUGCUUGUGGAUUUACCACAAAAAGUUUCAACACAAAUCCCACAAGAAAAGUGGUCAGAGCAGCUCAGAUGCCGAGAAGGGGCUUGCAUUGGGUCCAUUUGCGGGUAAAUUCAAUUCCAUAAGGAUGGUUUCUAAGAAAGGAUCUGUUCCAGUAAUUGAAUACAAGGUACUAGAAACAGGCACCAACAAUUUUUUGGAUAGCAAUAUUAUCGGUGAGGGUGGAUUUGGAUGCGUUUAUAAGGGUCGGUUGGAUGAUAAUUUGCUUGUUGCAGUCAAGAAACUAGACUGUGCAAAUCAGGAUGCUGAGAGAGAAUUUGAGAAUGAGGUGGAGUUGUUGCAUAAAAUUCAGCAUCCAAAUAUAAUUACCCUUUUGGGUUGCAGUAUUAAUGGUGACUCAAGGUUCAUUGUUUAUGAACUGAUGUAUAGCGGAUCUCUGGAAACUCAAUUGCACGGACCCUCUCAUGGUUCCGCAUUAACAUGGCCCAUGCGAAUGAAAAUUGCUCUUGAUGCAGCAAGAGGGUUAGAAUAUCUACACGAGUACUGCAGCCCCCCAGUGAUCCAUAGAGAUCUGAAAACAUCUAAUAUUCUUUUAGAUGCCAACUUCAAUGCCAAGCUCUCUGAUUUUGGUCUUGCCGUGGCUGACGGGGCCAAAAAUAGUAAGAACAUCAAGCUUUCUGGAACGUUGGGUUAUGUUGCUCCAGAGUAUCUUUUAGAUGGUAAAUUGACGGAUAAGAGUGAUGUCUAUGCUUUUGGAGUUGUGCUUCUGGAGCUUCUACUAGGAAGAAGGCCUGUUGAAAAACUUUCACCAACUCAGUGCCAAUCUAUAGUCACAUGGGCCCUGCCUCAGCUCACUGACAGAUCAAAGCUUCCAAACAUUGUGGAUCCCGUGAUCAAAGAUUCCAUGGAUCUGAAGCACUUAUACCAGGUUGCUGCUGUUGCUGUGUUAUGUGUGCAACCGGAACCAAGUUACCGCCCACUGAUAACAGAUGUUUUGCAUUCCCUUGUUCCUCUUGUUCCGGUGGAUCUCGGAGGGACUCUAAGAGUUACCCAACCUGGACCUCCGGAAAGCACCCCAUUGUCUCCUGGUCACUGAUGCACGAGAAAUGCUUCAUGAUGCUUCUACAACAUUUUUGGGUGUCCACUGCUCUAAUCCCUCCCCCAAAUCGCUCAUUGAUUUGCAUUUGCUAACAAAGAUCUUGCUGGGAAGUUAAUGCCUUCGGUUAUUGCUGUGGAAGAAAGUCGCCCCGGCGGGGUGAAAAAUUCUUGGUAUAAUUUUACACCUCUGUAAAUUGAAUGAAUUUGGUUUAAGAAACUUGUGCAUAUGAGGCGCAUUCGUCCAAGACGCUAGCUAAUUUCAAUUUUGACCCUUUUGUUUUCAGUGUAUGAAAUCAGCUAAUUUUCUGGGGUCAUUUGAAUUACCUCUGGAGAUCUGUUUGUUUCUCCUGAGAGUGCUCUAGGAUUGUAAAAGCUAUAAAUAAUCUUUUUCUAAUGAACUAAAAUUGUUAUGUAAAGCAUCAA